CCUAAAUAUAUUGUGUAUGAAAACUGCCUCCUCGAGUUGUUUGAGUUAUGUCCAGUGUGCAGCUCCAUGUGUGAUGUCCGGAAAACUAUACGUGGGACUUUCCUUGCUGUUGAUCAGACGUGCCACCGCUGUGAGUUCAACAGACAGUGGAAGAGUCAACCGUUCAUUGGAAGUACACCUGCAGGGAACAUUCAUCUCUCUGCAGCUGUAUAUUUUACAGGGACAUCUUUCAUCCAAAUGAAAAAGGUUUUCAAUGCAUUUGGUGUGAGGAGCAUGCGAUACCAAGCUUUCGGGAAACAUGCCAAAACCUAUCUAGAACCUGCCAUUGUUUGGAAAUGGAAAAGGGCCCAGCAGGUUGAGCUUCAAAGUUUAAGCCAGCAGAGCAAGGUUAUCAUUGGAGGAGAUAUGCGGGCAGAUUCUCCAGGCCAUUGUGCCAAAUUUGGAAGCUAUACUGUGAUGAAUCUUGAAACCAGCACAGUCAUCGAUAUCCAACUUGUGCAGAGCAAUGAGGUCGGAGGGAGUUACUACAUGGAGAAGGAAGGUCUGAAGCGAAGCCUUGCUCUUCUGGAGGCAAGUGGUGUCACAUUGGACUGCAUAGUCACAGACCGCCACCUCCAGAUUCAAAAAUACCUGAGAGAAAAGGGCAUCACACAGUACUAUGACGUCUGGCAUAUUGAUAAGGGGAUGUCUAAGAACAUUGACAAACUUGCCAAGGAGAAGGAUUGUGAGGUGGUAAAAAAGUGGCAACAGAGUAUUAGGAACCAUCUCUACUGGACUGCAUCAUCAUCCAAGACAGGCCCAGAGAAGGUGGCAAAGUGGACAUCUGUCAUCAAUCACAUCCACAACAUUCACACACACGAAGACCCCCUUUUUCCAAAGUGUGAGCACAGUGAUGUCAUAGAUAAGAGGAGGUGGUUGAAGCCAGGAUCAAAGGCUUCCUACAGACUGGAGAAGGUCCUUACAAACAAGAGGUUCAUCGAGGGUGUGGAGAAACUAAGCCCUCACCACCAAACAUCCUCUCUUGAGGCCUUCCACAGCGUUGUCAUCCGCUUUGCACCAAAGAGUGUGGUUUACCCAUUCAUUGGGAUGCUUUGCAGACUCUAUCUCUCAGCAUUCCACUUCAAUGAGAAUGCCAACCGGCCACAGUCAACAAGUGCUCUGGGAGGUCCUGCCUUUAAACUGGCCUUCCCUAAAGCGAAGAAAGGGGGAUACAGCCUCAAACGAAGGAAAAUUGAGCCGACAUUCUGCUAUGUAAAUGAACUCAUCGCCCUCACAUUUGAGAGUGUUGUCCCUGACCCAGCACCUUUGACUGAAGAGCUGCAGAAGAUCACCAUUCCAGAGGAUCUUUGUGCUGAGUUCUCGGUGCCAUCCAUGGAAGAGGCCAUUGCAGGAUUUGUGUCACGCUUCAAUCCAGCACAGGUCGAAAACCAGUUGAGGGGAGCCAGUCAGAGCUCAGGUGGACCGACAACCUCAACAACGGUAGUGCAAGAAGGAGCAACGGCAGAGUGUCAGAUGGCCGCCCACCAAGAGCCUGGUUCUGUCCGAGGUUUCUGCCUGUUAAAAGGAAGUUUUCCUCGCCACUGUCGCACAAAACGCUUGCUCUUGGGGGAAUUGUUGGGUCUCUGUAAAUAAAAUUUUAUUAAACAUUUGUAAGCUUCU